CAGUCCGAUCCUUCUCAUUUAAUUCAACUAUCAACUAUUUAAUCAAAUUCACACUUUUUUCCUGAAAGUGACGCAAUUGUGCAUAAUCAGAAUUUUCUGGCCUUCAGUUGAACCCAAAAAUUCAUGGGCUCAUCUCAGUUUGUUGCCCAGGAGUAUUUUAUUAAUUCAUGGCCCAAUUACUUCAGUAUUUUAGUAUUUUUGGAUCUGAAAUUUCAAAAAGCCCAAUCACUUUCUUCUAUUUCUAUUUUCACCUUCUGUCACUUUUGUCUUUGCUGCUGUGCUCUCUGACUCUCAACCUGCCGCAACCCAUUUUGCUGCCGUCUCCUGCAAACCUUAAAGAGGAGCUUUUUGAGAAAAAAAAUAUUCAGCUACUUCAUCAUUGCAGCUAUGAAGGAAGAAGAAGUAAACCGAUGCCAGAUUCAAGAAUGGUACCCAAAAUUUAAAUCAGUAUCAAUUAGGACCCUCAUUCAUGAGCUUCCUGAAUCUUUUGUCCAAUACCUGCUUGAUGAUUCGGGACCCUUCCUCCUUCCCGUUUCAAUCUCAAACGAGGAUGCCUUACCCAAUAGAAUUCAUAAUCCAGAAGAGGAAGAAGAUUAUCAAGUAUUAGAAGGAUCUGGGGAUGAAGCAGAACCAGCGGUGCCUCCUUCUUUCCCUGAACUUGAGUUGAAGAUAAAGGAAUCAGUUGAAACCCUUGGUGGGGCAGUGUUUCCUAAGUUGAAUUGGAGUGCACCAAAGGACUCUGCGUGGAUAAGCACAUCUGGGUCCCUCCGUUGCACUACGUUCAGCGAGAUUGCUCUGUUGCUUAGGGCAUCUGACUCCUUAAUUCACGAUCUAUGUCAUGCAUAUGAUUCAUGCAGUGACAAAACCAUGUCAAGACCCCCAAAUUUCUUCCUUGCCCUUCGAAAGUGGUAUCCAUCUUUACGACCCGAAAUGGAAUUCCGUUGCUUUGUACGGGGUCAGCAGCUUGUUGGGAUUUCACAGCGGGAGGUCACUACAUUUUAUCAUCCUCUUUGUGAGAAGAAAAAUGAUCUUCAAGUGUUGAUUGAAGAAUUCUUUAAUGACAAUGUGAGGCUUAAAUUUGAAUCAGAAGAUUAUACAUUUGAUGUUUAUGUUAGCAAGAAUGAGCUUGUCAAGGUGUUGGAUUUCAAUCCCUGGGGUGCAUUUACACUGUCUCUGCUGUUCACGUGGGAGGAAUUGGAGCAAAAACCAAAGGAAGAAGAUGAUUUGGAGUUUAGAAUUGUAGAGAGCCAAUGCGCUGUUCGGCCAGGUUUGAAGACAGCGGUUCCAUAUGAUUACUUGGAUACCAGCCCUGGGAGUGGUUGGGACCAAUUCCUGAGAAAUGCUGAUGAAGAGUUGCAGCGGCAGACCAAGUCUCCUGAAGCAGGAGCCUGAGGACUUCAUUUUUUGAAUCGUAAUUGUGACCAGUUCCUGCCAGUGCAUUUCUCACCAUUCGCAUGCAUGAUCCAGAACUACUUUGUUCUCUAAUGCAACUUAUUUUAGUAAAAGAACACGACUAUCUUGGAAUUCAUGAACUGCAAAAAUUUUGAUUUCUUAUGAUGAAUUUCUAAACAAGCAUGAUUUCCGUUGUUCGUUAC